AUGGCUUCUGACAAAGAUAAAAACUUGCCAUUUUAUGAAAAGGGUAAGUUGGUACUCUUAAUAUUUUCAUUUUUUAACAGAUUAAUAUAUCCAGUAAAAGUAAUUACCGGAAUAUGUGCAAUUACAGCCCUAUAUUAUUUUCGUUAUUGUACAGCACUGUGGACAAUACACGAUCCUAUUGUUUUGUUAAGAAAACAUCAUCCAAUUAUAAAUCUGUUUAUACUUCUUGCAGGUUGGUACACAUUGAAAGGUGUAAUGAAAGAAAUUCUUGAUUUUCUCAUUGGUGUUCAAUUUCCAAUAAUUUUAGUGUUUCUUCAUUCAUCUUUGAGAUUACGCAAUAUAAAAAAUAAAAUAGCGAAUCAGCUUGAAUCGAUCGGUUUAAAGAAGACACCAAUGGGAGUUUUUUUUGAGGCAUAUGGGUUAAAUUAAAACAUAAAA